AUCUGCAGUCAAAACCACAAUGGCUCAAACUACACCUUUUUCAGAAAUUACUGCACUUGGCUCCACUUCUGUUGAAACUACUACCCUUAGCACCACUUCUGCAGAAACUACUACCCUUGGCACCACUUCUAUAGAAAGUACAACCCUGGGCACCACUUCUGCAGAAACAACAUCCUCUGUAAGUUCAACAGGAAUAUUGGUUACAUCUAUACCAGUAUUGACGUCUGCUGGAACAACUUCAGUUACAACUACACCUGGCUUAACAUCUGUUAUUGGAACCACAAUGGCUCAAACUACCACUUCUGCAGAAAUUACUACACUUGGAACCACAUCUAUAGAAAGUACUAUGCUGGGCACCAUUUCUGCUGGAAGUACACCCUCAGUUCGCUCAACAGGAAGAAUAUUGGAAAUAUCCACACCAGUAAUGACAACUGCUGGAGCAACAACCUCAUCUGUAACUAUACCUGCAUUAACAUCUCCUGCUGAAACCACAAAAGGUCAAUCUACCAUUUCUGCAGAAAUUGCUACAAUUGGAACCAUGUCUGUAAAAAUGACAGCACUUGGCACCACUUCUGUAGACAGUACAACCUUGGACACCACUUCUGCCAAAACUAGUACCCUUGACACCACUUCUGUGGACAUUGCUACACUUGGCACCACUACUGUAGAAAGUACAACCCUGAGCACUACUUCUGCUGAAACAACUUCCUCUGUAAGUUCAACAGGAGCAUUUGAAACCACUACACUUGCCACCACUUCUAUAGAAAGUACUACCCUUGGCACCACUUCAGUUCAAAUUACAUCCUCAGUUAGCUCAACAGGGAUGGUGUUGGAUACAUCCACACCAGUUACAACAACUGCUGGAGCAACAACCUCAGCUAUACUUAGACCUGAAUUACAUCUGUUUUUGAAACUGCAAUGGCUCAAAUUGCCACUUCUGCAGAAACGACUACACUUGGCACCCCUUAUAUAGAAAGUACUAGCUUAAGGACCACUUCUACAGAAACGGCAAUCUCUGUAAGUUCAACAGAAUUAUUGGAAACAUCCAGCUUGAAAUGACAACGGCCGGAACAACAACAACCUCAACUGUAACUAUGCCUGCCUUAUCAUCUGCUGUUGAAACAACAGUGGCUCAGCGUACCACCUCUGCAGAAAUUACUACACUUGGUGCCACUUCUAUACAAUGUACAGCCCUAGGCACCACUUCUGCAGAAAUUACUACCCUUGGAAUCACAUCUGUGGAAAGUACUACACUUGGCAGUACUUCUGUAGAUACUAGUACUCUGGGCACCUCUUCUGCAAAAACUCCCUCACUUGGUACCACUUCUGUAGAAAGUACAACCCUGGGCACAACCUCUGCAGAAACUACUACUCUUGGCAUCACUUCUAUAGAAAGCACAAUCCUGGGCACCACUUCUGCAGAAACAACAUCCUCUGUAAGUUCAACUGGAAUCUUGUUAACAUCCAUGCUUGUAAUGACAACUGCUGGAACAACAAGCAUGACUACGCCUGCCUUAGCAUCUGCUGUUGAAACCACAGUGGCUCAAACUACCACUUCUGCAGAAAUUACUACACUUGGAUCCACGUCUGUAGAAAUUACUGCACUUGGCACCACUUCUGUAGAAAGUACAACCCUGGGCACCACUUCUGCAGAAACAACAUCCUCUGUAAGUUCAACAGAAUUAUUGGAAAUGAAUUAAUGGAAAUGAUCCACACUUGGAAUGACAAUGGCCGGAACAACAACAACCUCAACUAUGCCUGCCUUAACGUCUGCUGUUGAAACAACAGUGGCUCAGUGUACCACCUCUGCAGAAAUUACUGCACUUGGUGCCACUUCUAUAGAAUGUACAGCCCUAGGCACCACUUCUGCAAAAAUUACUACCCUUGGUAUCACUGAAACUACCUCAGUUCGUUCAACAGAAAUAGUAUUGGAAACAUCCACACCAUUAAUGACAACUACUGGAACACCAACCUCAACCAUAACUACGCCUGCCUUGACAUCUGCUGUUGAAACUACAAUGGCUCAAACUACCACUUCUGCAGAAAUUACUACUCUUGACACCAGUUCUGCAGAAACUGCACCCUCAGUUAAUUCAGCAGGAAUAGUAUUGGAAACCACACCAGUAAAAACAACUGCUGGAACAACAACCUCAACUAUAACUACACCUGCCUUAACAUCGGUUGUUGAAACCACACUGGCUCAAACUACCACUUCUGCAGAAAUUACUACUUUUGAAACCACAUCUGUAGAAAUGACUACACUUGGUAGCACUUCUGUAUAAACUAGUACUCUUGGCAUCACUUCUGCAGAAAGUACUAAAUUUGGUACCAUUUCUGCAGAAACUGCACCCUUAGUUAGUUCAAAGGCAGUAGUAUUGGCAACAUACCCACCAGUAAUGACAACUACUGGAAAAACAACCUCAGCUAUAACUUUGCCUUGCUUAACAUCUGUUGAUGAAACCACAGUGACCAAAACUACCACUUCUGCAGAAAGUACUACCUUGGGCACUACUUUUCCAAAAACUACUACUCUUGGCACCACUAUAACUACACCUGCCUUAACAUCUGUUGUUGAAGCCACAAUGGCUCAAACUACCAUUAGGCACCACUACUGCAGAAACUACAACACUUGGCACCAAUUCUG